CCGGCCGCGGGGCGACCCCGCGCAGUCUCCUCCUCCUCCUCCUCUCCUCCUUCUCCUCCUCCUCCCCGGCGGCGAGGGGAGGCGGCCCUCCCCCGGAGGAUGAGCCAGCAGCUGCAGGCGGGGAAGAUGUCGGCGGCUCCCCUCGCGCCGCAGGCUCCGGACUCGGCGGCGGCGGGGAUGCUCGAGGGCCGCCAGAGGAAGCUGGAGUCUAUGAUCCGCGAUCCGCGCUCCCCGGUCAACGUGGAGAGCCUGCUGGAUGGCUUGAAUUCUUUGGUCCUUGAUCUGGAUUAUCCGGCCCUGAGGAAGAACAAGAACAUUGAUAAUUUCCUAAAUAGAUAUGAGAAGAUUGUGGAAAAAAUACGAGCUUUACAAAUGAAAGCUGAAGACUAUGAUGUUGUUAAGGUGAUUGGAAGAGGGGCUUUUGGAGAAGUGCAGCUGGUUCGCCAUAAAAUGACACAGAAGGUUUAUGCAAUGAAGCUGCUUAGUAAAUUUGAAAUGAUCAAGAGAUCAGAUUCAGCCUUUUUCUGGGAAGAAAGAGAUAUCAUGGCCUUUGCCAAUAGUCCAUGGGUGGUUCAGCUUUUUUGUGCCUUUCAAGAUGACAAAUACUUGUAUAUGGUAAUGGAAUACAUGCCAGGAGGAGAUCUUGUAAACCUUAUGAGCAAUUAUGAUGUGCCUGAGAAAUGGGCCAAGUUCUAUACAGCCGAAGUUGUUCUUGCUCUUGAUGCGAUUCACUCCAUGGGCUUGAUACACAGAGAUGUGAAGCCUGACAAUAUGCUAUUAGAUAAACAUGGGCACCUGAAGCUGGCCGAUUUUGGCACUUGCAUGAAAAUGGAUGAAACAGGUAUGGUGCGCUGUGACACGGCUGUGGGAACCCCCGACUACAUAUCCCCUGAAGUUCUGAAAUCACAAGGGGGUGAUGGUUAUUAUGGACGGGAGUGUGACUGGUGGUCUGUAGGAGUUUUCCUUUUUGAGAUGCUAGUUGGUGAUACUCCUUUUUAUGCAGACUCCUUAGUAGGGACAUACAGUAAAAUUAUGGAUCACAAGAACUCAUUACAUUUCCCAGAUGAUGUAGAAAUCUCUAAGCAUGCAAAGAACCUCAUCUGUGCCUUCUUAACUGACAGGGACGUGCGACUUGGGAGAAAUGGGGUAGAAGAAAUAAAGCAUCACCCUUUCUUUAAGAGUGAUCAGUGGAAUUGGGACAACAUCCGAGAGACUGCUGCUCCUGUUGUUCCUGAGCUUAGCAGUGAUAUAGACAGCAGUAAUUUUGAUGACAUUGAGGAUGACAAAGGAGACGUGGAAACCUUUCCAAUCCCUAAAGCCUUUGUGGGAAACCAGCUGCCUUUUAUAGGAUUUACCUACUAUAGAGAUAAUUUGUUGCUAAGUGACUCCUCUCAGUCUUGCAGAGAAAAUGAAUCGGUGCAAUCUAGUAAAAAUGAGUUUCAGAAAAAACUAAGCAAGUUAGAAGAACAACUCAGCAAUGAAUUGCAAGCCAAAGAUGAACUAGAACAGAAAUACAGGUCUGCUAAUACUCGUUUAGAGAAGAUAGUGAAAGAGCUAGAUGAAGAGAUAACUUCAAGGAAAAAUGUAGAGUCUGCAGUCAGACAGUUAGAAAGGGAGAAGGCUCUUCUUCAGCAUAAGAAUACAGAAUACCAGAGAAAAGCAGAACAUGAAGCAGAUAAGAAACGCAAUUUGGAAAACGAAGUUAACAGUUUGAAAGAUCAACUUGAAGACUUAAAAAAGAGGAAUCAGAACUCUCAAAUAUCCAAUGAGAAAAUCAAUCAGCUACAAAGACAGUUGGAUGAGGCCAAUUCUUUGCUGCGAUCAGAGUCUGAAACUGCAGCCAGGCUAAGGAAGAACCAGACUGAAAGUACAAAGCAAAUCCAGCAGUUAGAAGCUAAUAAUCGAGAACUACAGGAUAAGAACUGCCUACUAGAGAAUGCUAAACUCAAACUGGAGAAGGACUUUCUCAAUCUUCAGUCAGCUCUAGAAUCAGAAAGGAGAGAUCGAAGUCAUGGAUCAGAGAUUAUCAGUGAUUUACAAGGUCGAAUAUCGAGCCUGGAAGAAGAAGUGAAAAAUGGAAAGAGUGCAUUAGCCAAACUAGAAAUGGAGAAAAGGCAAUUGCAGGAAAAACUUACAGAUUUAGAAAAGGAAAAGAGCAACAUGGAAAUAGAUAUGACAUACAAAUUCAAAGUUAUGCAGCAGAACCUUGAGCAAGAGGAAGCUGAACAUAAAGCCACAAAAGCACGAUUGGCAGACAAAAAUAAGAUUUAUGAAUCUAUAGAGGAGGCAAAAUCUGAAGCCAUGAAAGAAAUGGAGAAGAAACUUUUGGAAGAGAGAGCUUUGAAGCAAAAAGUGGAAAAUCGGUUGUUAGAAGCUGAAAAGCAGCGCUCCAUGUUGGAUUGUGAUCUCAAACAAUCACAGCAGAAAAUAAAUGAACUCCUUAGGCAAAAGGAUAAACUAAAUGAAGAUGUUAAAAACCUGACUUUAAAAAUAGAGCAAGAAACACAAAAGCGUUGUCUCACUCAAAAUGACCUCAAGAUGCAAACACAACAGGUCAACACCUUAAAAAUGUCAGAGAAGCAGCUAAAACAGGAGAAUAACCAUCUUCAGGAAAUCAAAUUAAGUCUGGAGAAACAAAAUAAUGAACUCCGCAAAGAACGUCAAGAUGCAGAUGGACAAAUGAAAGAGCUUCAAGACCAACUUGAAGCUGAACAGUAUUUCUCAACUCUUUAUAAGACACAAGUUCGAGAACUUAAGGAAGAAUGUGAGGAAAAGACCAAACUUUGUAAAGAGAUGCAGCAAAAGAUACAAGAGUUACAAGAUGAGAGAGAUUCCUUGGCAGCACAGCUAGAAAUCACUUUGACAAAAGCAGAUUCAGAACAACUUGCACGUUCCAUUGCUGAAGAACAGUACUCCGAUUUGGAAAAAGAGAAGAUUAUGAAAGAACUGGAGAUUAAAGAAAUGAUGGCUCGGCAUAAACAGGAGCUUACUGAGAAGGAUGCCACUAUAGCCUCUUUGGAGGAAGCAAAUAGAACACUAACAAGCGAUGUGGCUAAUCUUGCUAAUGAGAAAGAAGAACUAAACAAUAAACUGAAGGAGGAACAAGAACAAAUUGCAAAAUUAAAAGAAGAAGAAGCAAAUAUAGGAAAUAUUAAAGCACAGUUUGAGAAACAACUGUUGAAUGAAAGAACACUGAAAACCCAGGCUGUGAAUAAAUUGGCUGAGAUCAUGAAUCGGAAGGGUCCAGUCAAACGUGGAGCUGACACCGAUGUACGGCGGAAGGAAAAGGAAAACAGGAAACUGCAUAUGGAGCUGAAAUCUGAACGAGAGAAGUUAACACAAAUGAUGAUCAAGUAUCAGAAAGAAAUCAAUGAAAUGCAGGCACAAAUAGCAGAAGAAAGUCAGAUACGAAUUGAACUCCAGAUGACUCUGGACAGCAAAGACAGUGACAUUGAACAGCUUCGGUCACAACUACAGUCAUUACACAUUGGUCUAGACAACAGUAGCAUAGGCAGCGGACCUGGAGAUGCUGAGGCAGAUGAUGGAUUCCCUGAAUCAAGAUUGGAAGGCUGGUUAUCACUACCUGUUCGAAAUAACACUAAAAAAUUUGGUUGGGUUAAAAAGUAUGUAAUUGUAAGCAGUAAGAAGAUCCUGUUCUAUGACAGCGAACAAGAUAAAGAACAAUCCAAUCCCUAUAUGGUAUUAGACAUAGACAAACUAUUCCAUGUCCGACCAGUCACCCAGACUGAUGUGUACAGAGCAGAUGCCAAGGAAAUUCCAAGGAUAUUCCAGAUUCUAUAUGCUAAUGAAGGAGAGAGCAAAAAGGAGCAGGAAUUUCCUGUGGAGCCUAUGGGAGAGAAGUCAAAUUAUAUUUGUCACAAAGGACAUGAGUUUAUACCUACUCUUUAUCACUUUCCAACCAAUUGUGAAGCUUGUAUGAAGCCUCUUUGGCAUAUGUUUAAACCUCCUCCUGCUCUAGAAUGUCGCCGUUGCCAUAUCAAAUGUCACAAAGAUCAUAUGGAUAAAAAAGAAGAGAUUAUAGCACCUUGCAAAGUGUAUUAUGAUAUUUCAACGGCGAAGAAUCUACUACUGUUAGCUAAUUCUACAGAAGAACAGCAAAAAUGGGUGAGCCGCCUGGUGAAAAAAAUACCCAAGAAACCUCCAGCACCAGACCCCUUUGCUAGAUCUUCUCCCAGAACUUCUAUGAAGGUACAGCCAAACCAGUCCAUCAGACGACCAAGUCGACAGCUUCCUCCAAACAAACCAAGAUUACUUGAUCUGGCAUUUAAAGACUGGGAUUGGUCAUUUGAUGAUGUUGAUGAUAUUGAUGAUGAUGAUGAUGAUGACGAUGUUUUUGAUUUCUGAAGAAGUAUAAGGGGUAAAUCCAAAUAGUGAGGAAUGGAUUUGUUUGCCUUUGAAUACAGCAUGCUAUGUUGGAUUUUGUUUCUCAAAGCCGAGAAAAGUACAAGAUCUCAUUUUGAGAUUUUACACAGUAAAAAUGAGAUUCUGUUUCGUGGUGUCAAAUUUUUUUAGAGGAGUCAUUUUCAUUAAAAUGGUGUUUUUGCCUUUUCAGUGUUCUUAUUUCUCUAAUUUUAGAUCUUUGCUCAAAAUUCAUGUCUGCCUGCCCCAAAAGAAAGUAUCUCUUGUUGUCAGAGUAGUAGUUCAUCUGUAGUGCUAAUGCUGCUAACCUCUGCAAACAAUUACUGAAGGCUAAAAGGGAGGUUGUAACAGUUGGAAUUUACCUAAAAUACAAUUGCUAUUUACAGAUAAUUUUUUUCUUAAGCUUUUAACCUGAAUUGAUGUGUCCAUGGCUAGCAGACAUGAAAUCACAUUUUUGCAUUUUGCUUUUUCUACCUGUGUUAUGAAGUGAAUUUGACUUGGCUUUCCUUUGCAGUGCUGUGCUUUUUGGGUACCUAACAAUGCGUUAUAAAACUAUGUAAACAAACAGGCUUUGCAGCUUCUGUGGUGCGGUUUCUUUGACUGCUUUAGAAAAGAUGCAGCUGUGUUAUUGAUCUAAUUUGUCCCAUGGCUUACCUUAAAAACACAGUGUGAAUGUACUUGGACUUUACCCUCGUAUAUUACAAGGGAGAUUAAUUGUUUUGGGCUCAUAAUGCAUAAGGUUGUACUUAAGUACUAUGAUGCUGUUGAAUGCAAAGGAACGACUUUUUCCCAAGCUUACUGAUAAGGUCAUCUCAAAGGAGGAUUCUGAGGAAAUAUGUUCUUGUCACACAUUCAUUCACUGUAUGUACUGACCAAACUUUCUGCUUCUUUUCCAGCUAACUGCUUUCCAUGAACGCAGACGCAACUCAAGGUGAUAAUUUUCUUCCUGUUACAGCAAGACUGAAACAUAUCCCAAAAUAUAUUAAAAAUAUAUAUUUUCCUGAGAGAUUGUGCUAUAUAUAUCAGAGGUUUACAUUUUUGCUGCAAUAUAAAUUACUAAUCUCUGAGGGUUUUCCUGUAUUCCCCCGAGUGACUGAUCAAACGAGGAAUGGCUGGUAAAUAGUAAAAGGAUAUGAUAGGUAACCUUUUAAAUUCUGUUCCACAAAAGCUUUCUCAGCAAGACAUAUACACUACAUUUCAUAAAAGGAUUGAGAGGAAUGAAUAUUUAAACUGAAGAAAGUGACUUUUCAGCUUUCAUAAAGAUGCCACCAGCAUGCCUGCGAGAACAGGAGGACGAUCCAUCAUAGUGAUAUAGACUGCAUCUGUAAGAAGUGACCAUUAUACUGUGUAUAUAUAUUGUACUGUAAUACUGCAAGAGGGUUUUAAAAAUCUUUCCACUUUAUUUUUUUAUGCUUAUUAAUCAGAUACCGUUACUUAUUGCAGUUGCAACUAUGCACUUGUAUAAAGCCAUAAUGUUGAAGUUUAUAUCAUUCAUACAUGUCUAUCAAAAGCUGCAUGUCAGUGUUCAGCAGCUAGCUCAAAGUAUAUGCUAGUUUCAGCUGCGUCAUCAUGGGCAGUCCUGUUUUACCUGUCUAAUUGCCUUAAUUUAAUUUUUUUUUUUUUUUUGAGUUUUUUUGGCCCAUUCUCUGUAUUUAAGGAAAAAGGUUUACCAGCUCUUAGGAUGCAAUUUUGCUUUGUGGCAGAAAAAAUAGUGCACUAUUUUUACAACUAGUAGGUAUAUCAAUGUCAACUUACUUUGAAUGUAUAUCGACUGGUUUUGAGGGUGGAGAAGUGUUGGUUACAAAAACAAUUUCUGAUAAGAAUGGACUUUCUAGACCAUGUGCUUAUAAAUGUAACUGCUCAUCCAGCCCUUCUUACAAACCUCAAUAUAGUUAUUGACUUAUAUUAUUAACCCUCAUUAAGUGCUAUGAAAACUUCAUUUUGCCUUGUUUUUGCAUACUCUCCUAGAUGUGUGUUUAUUUCUGGAAGAAAAAAGAGAGAAUCUGUGAUUAUUUUUUACAUUUCACAGCACAGCACCCAAGAAGUGUCACAAACUUUAAAGAAAAGUAAUACAUACUGUAGAUGUAUUUUAAAGUUUUAAAUCUGGUUCUCUAGCACAUAGCUGUAGGCAUAGAUGAAUAUUCCAGUAGUGUGUUUUGAGAACUGAUAGCUGGGAAUAAAGGGCCUCAGAGGCACUUAAUUGGACUUUUUUUUUUUUUUUUUUUUUUUACUUGGGAGUUGUACAAAAAAUAGAGUUUAUGUGGACUCAUUCAUGAUGCGUUCAUCAUUAUCCCAGAAAAUGCAUGUUUUAUACAACUGCAGUAUGCUAUGUUCAACAUAUUGACAGUAAAAAAUGUAGUCUCCUA